AUGAUCGCUAUAAGCUCUCUGUACGAGAAUCCUGAUCCCGGCCAGGAUCUUGUCUCUCGACGUCGGGAUCAUGCUCGCGAUCUCAACCAAAAUCAACGAGACGCGUUGGAGUGGUAUUCCCGCUCCGUGGCUGCGGUUCGUCGGGGGAUUGAACGCGGGUCUGUAGAUACCUUUGUUGGACUCAUUACAUGCGUCUUAUUUAUCUGCAUCGAGGCCAUGCUAGGAGGGAUGGAGGAAGCUUUACGCUUGUACGGUCAAGGUGUGCAGCUCAUUCUCGCUUGCAGGGCCAUGACCGCAACCAAAAUCUCCGUAGUAAAGGAUACAAUUAUCCCGAUUUUCGUCCGACUAGGAGCAGUCACUCUCAGUGCUGGCGCUCUAGUGAGCAAUCUACUUCGAGUGGCUGACCUUGCAUUCACACCCGAUUUUGUCUCCCUCAAGUCUGCUCGGGAGGCCAUCGUUAUCCUCGCAAUAGAGAUCCCGCUGUUUGAAUCAGCUUGCGAAGAGUAUCUGAUGGAGUCGCAUGCCUGCUGUAUAUCCCAGGAAAUGAUGGAUCAGCGAAGAACUCUGUCAGCUCGGUUACGGAGCUGGCACACGGCAUUUACUAGCCUGAUGGAAUCCUGUCCCACAAAAGACCCGUCGCAAGUCAGUACCGGCGCUGUUCUCCUGUCUUACCAUGAAAUGUUAUCCGUCAUGCUCGGGGUCUGCAUAUCGCCAGCGCGGACCACCACUGAUGAUUAUCUGCCAAAUUUCCAAACGAUAGUUGAGCAAUCUAGCAUUGCGUUAAGCGGUUCAGCGCGGCAGGAUGGCACCCAGCCACCAUUUACUUUUGAGCUCAGCGUUGGUCUUCCGCUUUGGUUCACAUGUGUCAGGUGUCGCGAGCCCACAAUUCGACGGACAGCACUCGCUCUUCUUCGCCAAGCGCAUCAGGUAGAGGGGCUUUACAAGCGCGAUAUCGGCGCCACGAUGGGCGAGCGAAUCAUGGUGUUAGAAGAAAUGCAUGGGAAGGCAGCAAACGCAGAUCCAAGCAGCAGCGACUGCAGCAUGGAUCUCAAACUGAGCGCAAGCCCUGCACUCGCCGACAUGGAAACCAAGGCACCAGCAGUGCUCGUCCCCGGCGAAGCACGCAUUCGGCCUCUCGGUGUGUUUCGCCCGCGCGACGGGUGUCCUCCUGGAACGACGGAGGAGGACAUGGCCAAGUUGAGCCGAAACCGUGAUCAAACCUUUCUGCACUUUUCACGGAACGAGCGCGAUCCGUCUAACAACACGUGGCAGACGAUCUAUGGAUACGCUCCUAUCGAUUUUCACACUGCCUAA